AUGAUUAGGAUUUUUCGGAGGAUACGGGAGAUCCAAGACUCUCUCCCUGACGAUGUCCUGCUACCCCUUAAGAGCUACAAGUACUCGAGCGUGGAUAAAUCGUACAUCUCGAAUUAUAUCCUCAGACAUUACUGGAAUGCUUUCGUCGAAGUACUGCCGCUUUGGAUGGCGCCGAACAUGGUCACCCUCCUGGGGUUCCUGUUCAUCGUGGGCAACGUCAUGCUUAUAGAGAUAUUUAUGCCUGACCUCAUUGGACCGGGACCGUCUUGGUUGUAUUACAGUUUCGCAUUAGGAAUGUGGAUGUACUCUACGCUUGAUAACGUUGAUGGAAAACAAGCGCGAAGAACCGGGACCUCAAGUGGACUAGGAGAGCUUUUUGACCAUGGGAUUGACUCCCUCAACUGCACGCUUGCUAGUCUCCUCGAAACCGCGGCAAUGGGCCUAGGAUCCUCCGAACUCGGUGCCUGGACUGCCAUUGUGCCCUGCCUUGCCAUGUACUUCUCUACCUGGGAAACCUUUCACACCCAUACGCUCUAUCUUGGAUACUUCAACGGCCCUACCGAAGGCCUUUUGAUUGGAAUAGGCAUCAUGAUUGCGUCUGGCUGGUACGGACCCCAGAUUUGGUCACAGCCCAUCGUUGAAUUUCUAAACUUCCCGAGCCUCUUCGGCAACAAUUCUGUGAAGGAUCUAUGGGCUCCGCUCCUCAUUGGAUCGUUCUUCCUAGGCCACCUGCCCGGCUGUGUUUACAAUGUCAUCUCUGCUCGUAGAAGCCAGAACCUCCCCGUUGCUCCCAUCUUCAAGGAGUGGAUUCCGAUGGUCAUCUUUACCGGAUGCAACAUCGCAUGGCUUUUCUCCCCAUAUUCGUCUAUUCUCUCCGGCAACCGACUAGUGUUGUUCUGCUGCACGAUGUCCUUUGUCUUUGGACGGAUGACCACAAAAAUUAUCCUUGCACACUUAUUGAGACAACCAUUCCCCCACUGGACAGUAUUCCAGACUCCUCUUAUCGGCGGUGCUAUACUCGCCAAUCUUCCGUUCCUGGGCCUCCCUGCAAUUAGCGCCUCGUUCGAGCUUCUUUACUUGCGGGUGUAUUUCCUUUUCGCAUUUGUCGCUUACAUGUACUGGGCAGUGCUGAUCAUUAAUCGCAUCACAACAUUCCUUGGCAUUAAUUGUCUAACAAUCCGCCGAGACCGAUCAUCCGAGAGAGAACCCCCGUUCCGCAGCCUCGCAACAGAUAAUUCCGACAGGGGAAGCAUCAAAAGCCACUAA